CCUGCUGUCACGGCAUAUGAACUCGACACAGUUCGGUGUUUACGAAACUGUGGAUUCUUGUUGCCUUGCCUAGGCUUUCGGAUCCUAGUCUUGCUCGCUAGCUUCCUCACGUGCAUUGCUUUCAGUAGUCAAAUUUUAGAAGGUUUGAAUCUUCCUGAAGAGCAGACCUGCGCCAUGGGUUCCGAGUCAAGUGUGAGGAAGUUUGAGAAGGAGUCUAUGCUCGACAUUUUGCGUCAUAUUCCCGCUCCUGUGGUCAUCAUAACUGCAGCUUAUGGUGAAGCUAACGACGACAACUUGCAAGUCAGAGGAAUGACGUGCAGCAGCUUCACAAGCGUGUCACUGGAGCCGCCGUUUAUCUCGGUGUGCUUGCGCAAGAACUCUCUCAUGAUGCAGGUGUUGGAGAGGUCGGCUGGAUUCGGCGUGCAUCUGUUGAAUGAGGAGAACAAGCAGAAGGCUGGUGACUUCGCUAAGCCGCAUGACACGGGGAAAGGGCCUUUUAAUGAGGCUGCAGGUCCAUGGGAAUUGGUGUCACUCCGGGACUACAUGAGUGAAGUACCGCCCAACCAUGCCGAGGGGCAGGAGGAGCUUGACGCAGUGAAGGGCGUGCCGGUGUUGCAGGAGAGCAUGGCAGCACUUGUCUGCUACCGCAAAAUGAGCUUCGACGCAGGCGACCACAUCAUCCUUGUUGGAGAGGUGGUGGCCACUAGUGCGCAUGACUUCCAUCCCCUCAUCUACAUGAACCGUCACUACCAUCAACUUGGUCAUGAGGUGUAAUCAGCUGCACUCCAUGUCAACUACUGGCCUAGAUGCUGCUCACAGCAGUUGCAACCACUUCAGCACCACUAUGCAUGCCCACGUCUACAUAACUAGCAGAUUCUUGAUUUUCGAAGGACCUGAAGCACAGAUCUGCAAUGAAAGGUUCUGAAGAUUUCCAGAAUUUUGUGUAGUAGUGUUGUUUUCUUUGAAGUAUGUAUGGUCUCCACAAACAACAAUCAAUUUACAGCUGCAAA